CAAAAUUUGUCUAGAAGUUGUACGGAAGAAUAGAGAAUCGAAUGGUUCACAGUGAUCAUAGGGAGGAUGAUGGUGCUACUAAAGAUGGUGAUGGUGAUCACAAUGAGGAUGAUGGUGCUAAUAAAGAUGGGAGCUACGCUGGGGACGAUGAAAACACCCAGACUGAUGGAGAUCAAGAUAAAACAAAGGAGAAAUCAUCAACUAUUGGUUUCUGCACACCAAACUUCAACCUCCUGUCUGAAGAAAGUGAACCUGACCCAGAUUUUGAAGAAAUUAUUGCGAUCAUCCUUCAAGGAUAUAAGCUUAAGAAAAGCGAUUGGAUCAAGAAGAAGCUCGAUGUUGUUUCUGCUUUGCAAGAAAUUGGUGCAAAGAGAAUCAGGAUCUCAGACAGCGAGAAGCUGGACAAGAUCCUGACUCGUCUUGAAGAUUUAGACAGAAGACUGGAGGUGAUAGAGCACGUUAUGAAAAUCAAUGUGGAUAAAAAGGAGAAAGGCCAGAGCAGUCAGGUUCACAGUGAUCACAGUGAUUUUGCAUCGUAGAUUGAUUGGUUUGUAAGUAUUCAUGAGUGAGAUUGCGGAUUCUAUGCGUGUGGAGAUAGAAGAUGUGGUGUCUACACUACUUUUUUGACUUGCAUUUCCUAGGAACACAAAAUGGCCCACUGGCUUUGUCCCUUUGUUUAAUUGGGAUCACGGAUUGAAUCCCAGUG